AUGGCUCGGAACAAGGAAAAAAUGGUGAUGGUACUGGAUGUUGGUCCGUCUAUGCAUGCUGUUCUUCCUGAGGUUGAAAAGCUUUGCACAAUGCUUAUUGAGAAGAAGUUGAUUCACCAUAGGGCUGAUGAAGUUGGAUUCGUUCUGUUUGGGACGGAAGAAACUGACAAUGAGCUGACAAACGAAGUGGGUGGAUAUGAGCAUGUUACGGUUUUACGGAACAUGAAAGUUGUCGAUGGAGACUUGGUUGAUGGAGUACAGCAGCUUCCUCGUGGAACUGUUCGUGGUGAUUAUCUUGAUGCUAUUGUCGUUGGUGUUGAUAUGUUGAUAAAGGAUUACAAGGGUUCAUUUAAAGGAAGGAAACGUAUCUGCCUUAUAACCAAUGCACAAUGUCCUGUCAAAGAUCCAGAUGAAGGAACUAAAGAAGAUCAAGUAAGCAUGAUUGCAAAACAAAUGGAUGAAAAGGGGAUAUCUUUUGAAACUAUUGUGGUUAGGGGAUUACUCUCUGUGGGUGCGGAUAAGAGAACACUGGAGGAGAAUGAUCAUCUGCUGAAUCUUUUCUCAAUCAAAGCAUCUGCAAAGAUUGUACAUGUUCAGAAUCCAUGUUCAUUAAUGGGUGCCCUGAGAACACGACAUAUAAGUCCUGUCACCAUAUUCAGGGGCGAGCUUGAAAUUAGCUUGAAGAUGAAGAUUAAGGUAUGGGUGUACAAAAAGACUGCCGAGGAGAAGUUUCCCACUCUGAAGAAAUAUUCGGAUAAAGCACCUCCAACUGAUAAAUUUGCGACACAUGAUGUAAAAGUAGAUUAUGAAUACCAGAGUGUUGAAGAUCCUGAUAAGGUGGUACCACCUGAACAACGAAUUAAGGGUUACCGCUAUGGACCUCAAGUGGUUCCAAUAUCAUCAGCUGAAUGGGAUGCUGUCAAGUUCAAACCUGAGAAGGGUGUGAAGCUUCUGGGAUUUGCUGAUGCUUCAAAUGUGAGGAGGCACUACUAUGUGAAAGAUGUCAACAUCUUCAUUGCGGAGUCUGGCGACACAAGGGCUACUCUGGCUGUUUCAGCCUUAGCAAGAGCAAUGAAGGAAAUGAAUAAGGUUGCCAUUGUGCGUUGUGUUUGGAGGCAAGGACAGCAAAAUGUUGUGGUGGGUGUUUUGACACCUAACAUAUCAGAGAAUGAUAAUACGGCGGAUUCAUUUUAUUUCAACACACUCCCUUUUAUAGAGGAUGUACGUGAGUUUCAGUUCCCAUCUUUUAGCAAUUUUCCUGCUUCAUGGCAGCCAAAUGAUAAACAGCAGGACGCAGCGGACGAGCUUGUGAAGAUGCUUGACCUAGCUCCAUCCAGUAAAGACGAUGUUCUAUUGCCUGAAUUCACACCGAAUCCUAUUUUGGAGCGGUUCUAUAGGUUCCUAGAAUUAAAAUCAAGAGAAGCUGAUGCAGCUGUGCCUCCACUUGAUGGAACCCUCAGAAGAAUAACUGAACCUGAUCCAGAGCUUGUCGCUAAGAACAAAUAUGUUCUUGAUAAGUUCCGUAGCAGCUUUGAAGUGAAAGUUAAUCCAAAGCUGAAGAAAUCAACACAACGUGUAAUGGAGGAUAAUAGAGCAGGUGGCUCAGAUGAGGAGGAUGGUCUCUUAGAUGCUCCUCCAGAGGCUUUAGCUGUCAGAUCAUCCGAUGACACACAUGUUGAUGAAAUUGGAGACUCGAAUCCUGUGCAAGAUUUUGAAGCAAUGAUCUCUCGUAGAGAUAGCCCAGAUUGGAUUGGGAAAGCAAUCCAGAAGAUGAAAAACAAAAUAUCAGGGCUACUGCUAAGUCGUCCCUAUCAAGAGAUUAACAAUAGCACAGCAUUGGAUUGCUUAGAAGCACUCCGUAAAGGUUGUAUCAUGGAACAGGAACCUAAACAGUACAAUGAUUUUCUCAGAGAAUGUAUUGACGAGAAUAAACUAGGAGAUCACAACAUUUUCACCCGUUUCUACAGGGAUCUUGCAUCCAAAGGCCUGACGUUGAUUUCCAAGACAGAAGCUCCCGACAGUGAGGUCCCUGAAGAUGAAGCCAGACGAUUUCUGCUGAAGGAGCCUAAAGAAGAGUGA